UGCGGAUCAGAGCCAGAAUUAAGGCCACUUUUGAGAAUAGUGAUCCACCUCCUGUCUGCUCCAUACUCUCUUCUCCUUCCCAACUCCGCUCACUCGACAAAGCCAUGGCUCUGACAUUGGCCUUUUCGCGGUCCAUCCACUGCCCCCCUGCUAUCCAAUCGCGACCCUGUUCUCCACGCGUUCGAUGCUCCACUCCGAGAGUUUUCGCCUGCUGUUCCUCGGGUCAAAUGAAGUGGCAAAAGGCGCUCGUCUCCACCUUGGCUGCCACUGCCAUAAGCUUCUGCGGCACCGGGCUAUUGCCGGCCGUGGCCGACCUCAAUAAGUUUGAAGCAGAGCUUCGUGGGGAGUUCGGGAUUGGUUCCGCUGCUCAGUUCGGCUCCGCGGAUCUCAGCAGGAAGGCGGUUCAUGUCAAUGAGAACUUCAGGCGUGCUAACUUCACUUCUGCUGAUAUGCGGGAAUCUGACUUCAGUGGUUGCACAUUCAAUGGUGCUUAUCUGGAAAAGGCUGUUGCUUAUAAAGCCAAUUUUACAGGUGCUGAUUUGAGUGAUACCCUGAUGGAUCGCAUGGUUCUGAAUGACGCCAAUUUCACAAAUGCCGUGCUAGUUAGGUCGGUUCUCACUCGCAGCGAUCUUGGUGGUGCAAUCAUUGAAGGUGCUGAUUUCAGUGACGCUGUCUUGGAUCUUCCACAAAAGCAGGCACUGUGUAAAUAUGCCAGCGGGACCAACCCAACAACAGGAGAGAGCACAAGGAAAAGCCUAGGGUGUGGCAAUAGUCGCCGAAGUGCCUAUGGGAGUCCCUCUUCUCCUCUUCUUAGUGCACCACCAGAGAAGUUACUCGAUCGGGAUGGGUUCUGUGAUCAAUCUACUGGUCUUUGUGACGCAAACUAAAGGUCCUCUGCGAAGAGUCGAAGACCUAACACCUGGUGUGUGUUCAUAUACUAAUUCAUAUAUAUAUAUGGAUUGAGGGAAAGCAUUCAGCUGUGGCGAUCAUUGACUUUCUUGGUAGUGUAAUGUGGUUUUUUGGUUCGUCUUUGUCUGACCGUGGUCCAUCAUCACUUCAUUAACAACUCGCAAUAUUUUGUUGCAAAUGUCUUGUACUAUACUUCUUAGUAGGUUUUAGCUGACCAAAUUUUACUUCAUUACACUAAUUCAAAUGAAUUUUAUUUUAGUUCA